UGUGGCCUACGUACCGCGUGGGCAGCUCGCCAUCAUGCUUCCUACCCCCGUAGUCAUGGAGACACGCGCAGGGCGGCGCCUGGCUAUAAAGCCUCGGCCUCGGGGCUGCCAGAGCCUGAACACCGACCGGCCCCUCCGCAGCACCCAGCACCGACACGCCCCACCGAGUUAAACAGCAGCCAUGCCUUCAGAACUGGAGAACGCUAUGGAAUCAAUGAUCAAGGUGUUUCACCGUUACGCCUCCAGGGACGGGAAAAACGGCUCCCUCAACCGAAGCGAGCUCAGGGAGCUGAUGGAGAACGAGCUGUCUGGCUUCCUCAAGUCUCAGAAGGACCCUGCUGCAGUAGACAAGAUCAUGAAGAACCUGGAUGCCAAUAGAGAUGGCCAGGUGGACUUUGAGGAGUUUGUUUCUCUGGUUGUUGGACUUUCCAUUGCCUGUGAACAGUGCUAUCAGAUGCACAUGAAGAAGACGGGAAAGCAUUAAAAAGGCAACAAUUGGGAAUGAGAGAGGAAAAUGAAGAAGGUUUCACUUUUGUAAAGGUUACUAAUGUCAAUUAAAAAUGCUGAAUAAUGCCCAGCACCCAGAA